CGUAAGCUUUGGCCCCGGUCGCCCGGCUGUUAAGAUGGCGGCGCCCAGGAGCUGUGCUCUAUGGAGUUACGCCCGCGCGAUGAGGAGCUACAGGUUCCCAGGGCUUCGUAGCUCCUGGCCCGGGGGCCUGCUGAGUGCCCGCCUUUUGUCCCAAGAGAAGCGAGCACCGGAAACGCACUUUGGGUUUGAGACUGUGUCGGAAGAGGAGAAGGGGAGCAAAGUCUAUCAGGUGUUUGAAAGUGUGGCCAAGAAGUAUGAUGUGAUGAAUGAUAUGAUGAGUCUUGGUAUCCAUCGUGUUUGGAAGGAUUUGUUGCUCAGGAAGAUGCACCCAUUACCUGGGACCCAACUGCUCGAUGUUGCUGGAGGCACAGGUGACAUUGCAUUCCGGUUCCUUAAUUAUGUUCAGGCACAGCAUCAGGGAAAGCAGAAGAGGAAGUUAAGAGCCCAACAAAAUUUAUCCUGGGAAGAAAUUGCUAAAAAGUACCAGGAUGAAGAAGAUUCCCUGGGCGGCUCCCGUGUCAUGGUCUGUGACAUCAACAGGGAGAUGCUAAAGAUUGGAAAACAGAAAGCGUUUGACCGAGGAUACAAAGCUGGACUUGCAUGGGUACUGGGAGAUGCUGAAGAACUGCCCUUUGAUGAUGACAAGUUUGAUGUUUACACCAUUGCCUUUGGGAUCCGGAAUGUCACACACAUUGAUCAGGCUCUCCAAGAAGCCCAUCGGGUCCUGAAACCAGGAGGGCGGUUUCUCUGUCUGGAGUUUAGCCAAGUAAACAAUCCCCUCAUAUCCAGGCUUUAUGAUCUAUAUAGCUUUCAGGUCAUUCCUGUACUGGGAGAGGUUGUUGCGGGAGACUGGAAGUCCUAUCAGUACCUUGUAGAGAGCAUUCGAAAGUUCCCAUCACAGGAAGAAUUCAAGGAGAUGAUAGAAGAUGCAGGUUUUCAGAAAGUGACAUAUGAAAGUCUAACUUCAGGCAUUGUGGCCAUUCAUUCUGGCUUCAAACUGUAACUCCUUUUCUAUCCUGGAACAUGAACCAGUCAUGCCUGAUAAAUGCCUGGAACUGAAGAAUAAUCUGACUGAUGAGGCAGCAGCUGAGCAACUUAAGGAUAAGUACCUUGGACUCAAGUUCUGAAUCAACUAGUCUCAAAGAGGAAGAAACCAAUUCUGUCAUUUUCUGCAGCUUUCAUUAGGAGCUGCUUGGGCCUUCUCCCAAAGGCAUUGGUCUGUUGUUUGGUUCAACUCCUGCCAACUUCUCUUAGGUAUGCAUUGUUGGAUUCAGGUAAAACUAGCACUGAGCACUAAAGCACAGUUUUGAGGUACAUUUGUAGCUUUCUAACAGUGCUGCCUCCCAAAGGAAGGAUCAUUUGAACCCAAUGAUGAUUUUGAGUCAGAAAGCUUAAUUGCACCUGAAUCACCUUUCAGCCUAGGACUGAAUCUAGGGCCAGAAGCCAAAGCCCCAAUCAAAAGGCUAACAAUCAACACUUGAAUUCUGGGCUCGAGGAAUAUAGCACAGUGGCAGACUCUGUGCUUGGCACUUGUGAAACUCUAAGCUCUAUGCUCAGUAUUCUCCCCACAAAAAAAAAAAAAAAAAAAAAAAAAAACCACCUUGAAUUGUAUGUUGAACUGGUAAAUCAGUUUACAAUUUGAGUGAUUAGGAAAAUACAUUUUUUAUAAUUCUUUCAAUUCUUUCUGGUGGAAGAGGUUCCACCAGAAGACACUAUUGUGUACUAUGUCAGAAAGAAAAGGACUCCUAGCUUGGUGUGGUAGCAUACACCUGUAAUCCCAGCUACUCAGGGAAGAUGAGGCAGGAGGAUGGCAAGUUUGAAGCCAGCCUAGGUAACUUGGUAAGACCACAUCUCAAAAUAAAUAUAAAACAAACCUGACACGGGGGCACACAUCUGUAAUCCCAGCAACUCAGAAGGCUGAGGCAGGAGGAUAGCAAGUUCAAAGCCAGCCUGGGCAACUUAGCUGUAAAAAGUAAAAACAGCUGAGAAUGUGGCUCAGUGGUAAAGUGCCCCUGGGUCUAAUCCCCAGUACUAGCAAAUAAAUAAAUAAAGUAUAAAACAACAGGGCUAGGGGUGUAGCUCAAUGAUAGAACAUGCACAAAGCCCCAGUACCACAAAAAAUAAAAAUCACUCACUACUAAGUCCUUUUUGAUAGAAUAAAUGUACUAGCAAAGUCCUGUUUUCAUGUCUUGUAAAGGGAGUUUCUUGGUCAGAAUAUAUUUGAAGAAAGGGUAAUAGCAAAAAAAAAAAAAGUUUGAAAACUAUUUAUGUAGCCUAACCCCCACUUCAAUACUCUGGGAUGGAUCUGGGCAGAGCUCAUCUCCUUACUACAGUUCAUUGUUUUUUAAGAGGCCAUAAAAACUGGGCACAUAUCUCAGUGACUCCAGGGGCUGAGGCAGGAAGAUCACCAGCUUAAGACCAGCCGGUGCAACUUAGCAAGAUCAUGUUUCCAAAAAGAAGUGGAUGAGGGUGGGCAUGGUGGUGCAUGCCUGUAAUCCCAGUGGCUGGGGAAGCUGAGGCAGGAGAAUUGCAAGUAAGUUCAAAGCCAGCCUCAGCUUUAGCGAAGGCCUUAAGCAAUUUAGCAAGACCCUGGGGAUGUAGCUUGAUGGCUGAGUGCUCCUGGGUUCAAUCCCCAGUACUUAAAAAAAAAAAGAUACUGUAGAAAUUCAUCUCUGAGUUGGCUAACAGUCUAAUUAUAGAUAACUUCAUUCAAGGUUUUUUAAGAGGCUUCAGAUAUGCUCCUUGGCUCAGCACAGUAGGGACAAGAUCUUGCCCUGUCACUUCCAGGUAUAGGUAGCUACAAACAACUGUCUCAAAUAAGAGCAGCUAAGAGCAUUUGAGAAAAUUCUAAACCUUAGAAAAACUUAGCUUAUUUUGUUUUCAGCCAGCCAGCUGGAGCCUAUAGGGUUUUGAAAUAAAUAGGAAAGAGUGGGUCCUGGAAGGAACUUCAUAAGCCAUCAACUCAGUUUUGUGGGAUUUUUUUUUUUUUUAGUUGUAGUUGGGCAUUUAUUUAUCUUUAUGUGGUGCUGAGGAUGGAACCCAGUGCCUCACAUGUGCUAGACAAGCACUCUACCGCUGAGCCACAACCCCAGCCCAUUAACCCAGUCUUUAUCUUCAUAGCAAUAUGGUUUCCUCACAUCUGAAUCAAAAAGUGGAAGUUAAAAGUUGCCAACUUCCUGGCAGUAGAUAAGGUACAGAACACUUAGGUUAGAACUCUCAUUGUCUACCUGUAUGGUCUUGAAUCAGCUCAAGGGUCUAUUACUGAAGACUGAUCAUCUGUUUGGAGUAGGGCUAACUGAACAAGAUAAUAGCUUUGGAAACCAAAUUCCUGUUGUUCUUUAAAUAGAAAUAUAGCCAGGUCACCAAAGAGAGAAAGGGGAUAGAAAAGAGAUGAUUAAUGGGAACAUUUUUAAUCUGUUUACAUAAAAACAAACCUAAAUCACCCCAAUUAUAGUCUCCUUCCUCAGUACUUUAUCCUUCUUUCCUGCAGAUAGCAGGGGGAAAACUCAACUGCCCCAAAAAAUAGUAAAAUAAAUUUUUGUACCCCCAACGCUGAAACCCUUCCAGUCCUAAUGUAGCACAACUUCACUAGGAUUCUAAAAGUGCUGGUCAAAAAAAUUACAAACUUCCAAAGAUGUUACUAAGCUAAUGCCACACUUAAGACAGAGUCAUCACUUAUCAAUUCAAAUCUAGGACUCAGCCAUGCACAGUAGUGCAAACUUUGUAAUCUCAGCAAUUCCAGUGGCUGAGAUAGGAUUACAAAUUCAAAAUCAGCCUCAGCAAUUUAGCAAGUCCUCAAGUAACUUAGACUCUGUCUCAAAAAAAUAAAAAUGGGGCCGGGAUUUUGGCUUAGUGGUAGAGCACUUGCCUGGCAUGUGAGAGGCACUGGGUUUGAUUCUUAGCACCACACAUAAGUAAUAAGGUCUAUCAACAAUUAAAAAAUUAAUUAAAAAAUUAGUAAAUAUGGGGCUGGGGUUGUGGCUCAGCAGUAGAGCACUUGCCUCGCACGUGCGAAGUCCUGGGUUCGAUCCUCAGCACCACAUAAAAAUAAAUAAAUAAAAUAAAGGUAUUUUGUCCAACUGCCACUAAAAAAUAAAUAUUAAAGAGACAAGUUACUAUUAAAAAAAUAAGUAAAUAAAAAGGACUGAGAAUGUGGUUUUUGAGGCAAAUCUCCUGUGUUCAGUCCCCAGUAGCCAAAAAAAAAAAAAAAAAGGUAAUAGAAACCUCAGGGGUUGCUCCGAAAUUUCGAGAUUUUUUUUUUUUUCUCAUAGAUUUCUUAUAGAUCUUGCAUCUUGUAGAUCCCAGGUCUGAAACAAAAGCCUUAUCUCAUGUGAAAAUUAUGUAGGAAGGGCUGGGGUUAUGGCUCAGCGGUAGAGCGCUCGCCUAGCAUGUGCAAGGCCCUGGGUUCAAUCCUCAGCACCACAUAAAAGUAAAUAAAUAAAAGUAUUGUGUUCAACUACUACUAAAAAAUAAAUAUUUGAAAAAAAAAAAAAGAAAAUUAUGUAGGAAACCUUAAAGUCAAGAUUUGUCUUGAAAUUUCCCAAGAUGGGUACAGGUUGUCUCAGCUCUGUUUCUUGGUGUGGUCCUGGGAUUGAACCCAGAGACACUUUACCACCAAGCAACAUCCCUAUCCCUUUUAUAAAUUUUGAGACAGGGACUAAGUUGCUAUAGCUGUCCUGGAAGUUGGGAUCCUUCUGCCUCAGCCUGCAGAGUCCCUGAGAUUGCAAGCAUACACCAUUAGGCCCAGCCCCCACCCCCCCUUUUUUCCCCUAUCUACAAAAAAAAAAACAAGUCUCAAAGCCUGGUGCCCACACACCAACUCAAGGCAACUCAGGAGGUUGAGGCUGGAAGAUCCCAAGUUCCAAGCCACAGUCAGCAAUUUAGAGACCCUCAGCAACUUAGUGCGAUCUUGUUUCAAAAUUAAAGUCUGGGGUGUAGCUCUGUGGUAGAGCACAAAUUCAAUCCCUGGUACCAAAAAGCUAAAUCUCUCUCAUAUGUGCUUUUCUUCAUAAGACUACUUGGUCUCCAUAAAAUUGGGAGGAAACUUUUGAUGGUUACUUUUUUGGGGGGGAGGGGGGAGUUACUGGGAAUGGAAACCAGGGGCGCUCUAUCACUGAGCUACAUUCCAAAUUCUUUUUAUUUUGAAACAGAUCUCCCAAAAUUGCAGAGACUGGUCUUGAAUUUCCAAUCCUCUUAUCUUGGCCUCCUGAGUCACUGGGAUUAUAAACAUGCACCACACCUGGCAAUGGUUACUUGUCCACAACUUCAACUGGGUUCUUUAAAGAAAUCAGUUUGAGGACUGGGGUUGUAGCUCAGUGGUAGAGCGCUUGCCUAGCAUGUAUGAGGCACUGGGUUUGAUCUUCAGCACCACAUAAAAUCAAACAAAGAUAUUAUAUCCAUCUACAACCAAAAAUAUUAAAAAAAAAAAAAAAAGAGUUUGACCACAGCCAAUUAAAACAGUGAGUACAGCAAGUAUAAAAUUCCAGCAAAGGCUUUAUUAAGUGAACAUGGAGAAUGACUGCUCAGAAAAUUUUGUUUUCCCCUUUUCAGGACCACCUUCUAGAGCUGGGGAUGUAGCUUAAUGGUAGAAUGCUUACAUAUGACAAGCCCUGGGUUCAAAUCCCAGCAAAAAUAAAAGACUACCUUAUACCCAGGCAUCUACCUGGGAAGUGGAGGUUGAGGUAGGAGGUUUCCAAGUUCAAGGCCUGGGCCAUUUAGUAAGACCCCCUUCUCAAAAAGGGGAUAUAGCCCAGUGGUAGAAUGUACUUGUGAUCAGUCCCCCUUACCGUCAAAAUCAAACCAACUUCUAUCAUUAAGUGUAGCCUUUGGGAGAAUAGGGUAGGAGCAGGGAAGACAGCCUACACAGCGUACAUUUUCUUUUCCCAACUCUGUAAUGAGCUAUUACCAUUUAACAGCCAUAGAAAGCUUAAAGAAGGCUGGCCUAUAAUCUCAAGGAGGGAGCCAACUGUUGUAAAGUGCACCUGGGUUCAAACCGCAGUCCCCCACCAAAAAAAAAAAAAAAAAAUGCAUCCAUCCACUCCACUAGGGCUUGAAGCACAAAAUAUUCUUUUGAAAGAAUACUAUCCUUAAAUGCCAUUUCCUCAGAUAUAAGACAAUCUCAAACUUCUCUGCCAUGCGUUUAACAUGGACAGCUGUUGCAGGAUGGGUAAAAAGACUCAAGAGUACUCUAAUGGCUAGUUCCAUAGAAAUUUGACUUUGAAGACUCACUCUCACCAACCUGGUCACCUGACCCAAUUAAUAGGCCACCUUCAAUCUUGUUAUUUGAACAAAUUGUACUUCACACACAUAUACAUCUCCAACAGAUUUAUUUUUUAAAGGAAUGGAUUGAGAGAAAAAAACAUGGGGCACAGAAGUAUGGAAUAGAAAAUAAAUACAAAUGUAAGCUGUUUUGCUAAUUGUUUUAUAACCACAACAAACUAGUACAGAGAAUGCCCUGUACAAAACACAAUAAAUGUUCAAAGAUCAAGCUGUUCCCUUAGCAAGGCUAAAGAUUUCAGUCUCUGGUAUUUGGAAUUUAGGCUGCAGUCCUUAUUUUUGGAUGGAUCACUGGUGUAUGGCACAGUCCAUGCUUUUAACCAGAUUUGAACAGAAGAAUGGCCACUUGGCCCAGGUAAAAGUAGAUGAAGUGCUUGGUUUCGUGUGUCACGUAACUACCGAAGUUCCUCCCCACAAUGCAGUGCCAGGUGGGGUUGUACUUCUUGUCAAACUCCUGGGAAAAAAGGAAAAAAAAAAAAAAAAACUAGAAUUUUAGUUCUAAACCAGAACCUGUAGGAGCAGAAAGGAAGAACAACAGCAUCUGCAAAUUCUUAGAAUGAAAGAAUGAAUGUUCCCUAGCUCCAAGUCGCCCACAUAGUACAUUAAUGCAAACAUGCUUGCAGUCUGAGCUAAGAUGGGAAUGGGAGCUGAGGCGGCCAAAAUCAGAAAGGUCAGCCUCAAAGACAGGGUGCUUUGUUAUAAUGAUAAUUACACCUUUCUAUCUUCUAUAAUAUUCUUAACUCACUGACAGCAGGUGACAUCAGCAGUUAUACUUCAUUAUAUUCUCUGGGUAAACAGACCUAAAUUGUCCUCCCACUACAUUUGCCAUGCAUCCAAAAAAAAAAAAACUUAAAAAAUUGAGCCAGUUUCAAAAGAUUCUUAAGAUUCUUAACUGCACUCCUGCACUACUAUAAACAAGACUUCCAAAGGACAAAGCUUCAAUUAGCAACUAAACCAAACAAGUGCAGAUCAAAAUUUAGAUUUAAGGGGAUAAGAUUCUAUGAAAAGAAUGUUGGCAGCUGGUCAAAUUUUAUCUUUAAUCAGAACUUAAACUACCUCCCCCAAAAAAACAACAACCAAAAACCUCCUUUCCAUAGCUAUAUGAUGCUAAACCUAUUACCUGGUCCUCAAGGUUAGCAACUCUUCCCUAUUUCUCCCACUCCAAAAGGCAUUGGGACUAGUAAACCUGUGCCAACUUCUUCACUAAACUAAUGUGUAGGCAAAGACCAAAUAUAAUCUCUAUAAAUUAUUAAAAUUCUUUUUAUGGUGAGUUAACAAAAUUUAGCUUCUAUUGCAUGCAGUGUGAAAAUCUCUGUUAGGUCUACUAAGGAGACUAUCUGUCCUACAAGCUAGAUGCACAUACUGCUGCGUUUGUCAAUAAAGAUAUUGAUUUCUGUUCCAUCUUAA